AUGUGCAAGUCGCGAGGGAAAACGACCCCUUCAAGAGAAGAGUUGGGAACUCUUAUUGUCGAGAUCGAAAGCAUGCUAAAUACACGACCUCUAGUAUACGUGGGAGCGGAGAACGAUUCGCAGAGCGUUUUGCGACCUAUUGACUUCAUUCAGAAUGAGUUUGCAGUACCAUCUCCGCUUCAAACAGGAGAUGCUCAGACAGAUGAUUCCGACACCGCAACGCCAGCCGAGUGGCUGGCUUCACAGGCGAAGCUACAAUAA